AGCCGUGGCUAUGUAAACUGCGUUUGCUUUCAACGAUUCUUUCAUUCUCGCUUUACGUUCCGCACGUUCUCAAUAACGGGAGUUUUCAUCACGCUUCACGGGGACGCCAUCAAAGACAAGUGUAAGUCUCCGUAAGUCCUGUAGCGGUGGUAUUAAUGUUGUAUUGGUCUGAUGACGAGAUGAAGAUAUUUAGUGAUCUAAGUUCGAUGUGAAGCCUGAGAUAUCUUACCACCCUUUGAACUCGAGUAGGCUUGAAGGUAGCAAGAAGGCCCAAGUAAAUACGCGAAAUUUGUUUUGCUCGAGACACAAAAUACUUCUUUUUUUAAAUCAGAUAUGGUAGGCAAAAGAUGGAGAUCUCUCUUUUCGGGUUAUUUUUCAUAUAAAUUCAUGGUCAACACUCAAUGCCGAAAGGCAUUUCUUGUCAUUACAAUGAUAAACCUAGCUAUAUUCAAUAAAAACCCGCGUGUAAGAACCUAGUAAUUUAAAAACCUAUAGGCAGAAAUUUUAGAUUUUAAAACCCUGCACAAAAGGUUAAUCUCUUUCAGAUCGCUAUAAUAAGGGGUUGGCUUACGGGUUGUGAUUGUGCUUAGACGAGGCGUGGGUAAAAAAAUUAAAAGACAACUCAGGAAACAAACUUGGCUUCCUCUUGGCAGGAAAAAAACAACAGGAUUUAAUAUAAGGGGCCCGUGGUGAAAAUUUAAUGCUCCUUAUGUUUGGGUUAUUAGAUUUAUUUUUCAAGACAGCAUCAAAUAUAUUUUUCAUGCCAAUAUAUUAGGGGACCUUCAUACUUGGUAAGCAAAUUGUUUGGAGGUCUAAGACUCUGGAUUAGUGAGAUAAAUACGAUACCAAGCGGCAGGGUAACUCACUGCGAGCCUCUUUUUGGCGGGAAUUAUCAGCAUAACCCACAAUGCUUCUUGAGAUGCGUGAACGGAAAAUUCAUAUACCUCUAAAUAUGGACUUAUAUUUCUAUAUUAGGCAAUGCAAACAAUCGACACCAUCCGUGGGGACUAGGUUUGAUAUGUGUAUAUUUAUUGGCGAAGGGAUGAGGCACCAAUUGCAUAAAAUGUUGUUAAGAAAGACGAUGAAAUAAGAGAAGUGUGUAAAAACAACGCUGCUGCAAAGAGGAUCUUCAUCAAAUGUGUUAUUAGGGAAAGCUUAUGCAUGAAAAUUGGCUGCGUCAUUUUCAUUUACUUUUUAAAUCAUUACAAUUUAUGUCCCAUAGAAUCAUACGCUCUCAUUCCUUAUCUUUAUAACUGCAUUAUCUGUACAUAGAGCAAAAUUCGCUAUGCCUAUGAUCUUAUGCGCAAGCUCUAGUAAUUAGUGCAAAAUUCAAAAGGAUUGAUGAUUUCGAUUACGCAGCCAUAAACCAGCCAAUAAAUAAGGUAUAGCAGUUAACUGAAACUUUGAUAAAAAGUCGUUAAAAACAAUUGAGGUGAAAUUGGAGAUAGUUAGAGAGAAGAGAGUAAUACCAUUUUGGACAUCGGUGAUAUUCACUCAGUUCACGCAGCGUGUCUACGAAAAUUAAAAUAAAAAAAAAGAAAAGCAUCGAGGUUUUUUUAUGAGAAUAAAAAGCAAGGAAAGACGUGUUCCUCAGAUAAGUAUUCUACUACAUUUUUAACGCGUUUAAUUGUUCGUUAAAGACAUGUGUAGUGAAUUGCAGGGAGGGGUGGUAAAUACAUGAGCAACGCCGUAGGGCGGUGGUACCUAUUGGCGUUUUAUGAAUAGUACUCCUUGAAGGGUAAUUCAAUGUAACAACAAUGUAUCAAAUUUGACCAACAAAGUAAAGUACAAUACAUUAUUAUUGUGCUUAAGGCUAUAGUUUAAAGUCUUUGAGUUUAUUUGUACUUUAGCUCUCUUCAAACGAAGCCGAACCCGUUCACGAGUUGCGUCAUGAGUCUGAUCACUUAGUAACAUCAAGGUUAGCAAGGUAUGUUUUCCUUGGUCUUCCUCCAUGGCAAUUUCUUAAGAAAAGAUGCCAAGCCAAGGUUCUAGCCUUUAUCUGUGAACAAUCUAAAUUGACUGCUUGAUUCCGACCAUUUAAGGUGUCCUGUUACUGUAAAUUAAAUCAAAGUCAUCUCGUGUCAUCACAUAGUCUCAGCUGAUAGUAUGAUCGUGUUUCCCCACACGAAACUGUAAGUAUUUAUAAGCUUAGAACAAUAAUAGAGCAAAUAUGUCUUGGUGUACUGGCAUUUAUGUGUCCUGACCCGAGUAUAAUGACGCUCACUGCCUAGUCCAAAGCCAAUAUAAACAAGAAACGAAUAAAAAACUACUUCAUCUCAUUUCAUUUUUUGUGAUGUAUAUGGUUUGUGACGUAAGCAAGGAAAGUGAUAAAUCUACAACCUAUACUUCCGGUUUCGCCGCGUAUUCAUUUCAUUCAGUUUUUAUAAAUAAUUAGUGAUCGGCAUUUUAAAAUGCUGUGGUGAAAUCUAGACUUUUAGACUAAGUUUUAGCGCGUUGUUAGCCACCCAUUUGCAGCGCUAUAGUAAUAACAAAAAAAAAAUAAAGCAAUUUCGCCUAAAGAAGUGCGUGUUAAUGCGAUGUCAAGAGCUUGUGAUCGUUCCAUGUGUCGCGGACUCAUUGUCCACAAAAGCGUUUUUCUGUUUGUUGCUAGCUUUUAAGGACGGCACACGACAGAUCACAUCCUUGUUAAAAAUAGUUGUUGAUCUUGCAAAUGUGACGUAGAAAUUGGGUAGUAUUAUCCGUUAGUGAGUUGAUUUUAUCUGACAGCUAUAUCUUCCUCUGCGCGAACAAAGCCAUCUCCAUUCUGGUUUAUUGUUUUUUUCUCGGCAUUGCAAAGUCAAGCACUGUUAGUCCUGUUCCACGGCAAAUCAAGCAUAUGUAUCGAGAGAUGUCGGAACCAGUCACCUUCGCGUAUUUCAGCGCUAUUCCUAUCUAGCGACGACCAGUCGGCAACGCUUUAAGCCUUGCAGCAACUGAAGACAGAUUUCCCGCAGACAUGAAUAAUUCUACAGUAGGAGAAACCCUUAUGGAGGACCCCCCAGCCAUCCGCUACACCCGCCUGUUUCUCUACCCCCUUAUCUUCGCCGUGGGCGUGGCUGGCAACUCCCUCGUCUGCGCUCUCAUCCUGAAGAACGGCAAGUCGUCGUCCGCCAACGGCUACUUCAUCCUAAAUCUGGCCAUCUCCGACCUGAUGGCACUCCUCCUUUAUUUGCCAUUUGACCUGGUCUACCUUGAAAACAGCUACAUCUGGCCGUUUGGAACUUUCCUGUGCAAGUUCAUCAAUUGCCUGAGUAAAGUGUCGGUGACGGUAUCUGGGUCUACUUUGGUAGCGAUAAGCUAUGAUCGUUACAGAGCUAUUGUGCACUCCCUUCGAGGAAGAUUGAGCCAGAGACAGGCUAUGGUCAUCAUGGCCUGCAUCUGGGUCUAUUCCGCCUUGCUGCAGCUUCCAUACGCCUUUGCGCUCAAGCUUAUGGGCAGAGAGUGCAUAAUUGACUUUCAGUUCUGGGGCGGUUCCGAGUUGUAUCAGAUCAACUACGUUCUUGGCGUAUUCACUCCAGAAUUUGUGAUCCCUGCUAUAGCUAUCACGCUAGCGUACACGCGAAUAGUCUGCCACUUGAAGAAAACACACAAAAAGAAUUCCCAGCAUGGAUUGUACCAAAAGUCAACGAUGGCGGCGCGCACCAGGCAAAAUAAGAAAACCACGAAGGUCUUAACGGGACUUGUAACCAUCUACAGCAUCUGCAUUCUGCCGCACAUGAUAUGUGUUCUUAUGGUGAUCUUUAACAAGUCCUAUUUGGGCUCUUUCGCGAUGAGACUUGCGUACGAGUUCACUCGGCUUCUCACCAUCACGAACUCUUGCUUGAAUCCUCUGUUGUAUGGAGCAAUCAGCAAGUCAUUCAGGACAGACCUCAGUAACUUUUUGCGGGGGAGGAGGGGGUCACGGGCGUCCAUGAAAUUCCUCCGUUCAAGUGUCCACAUGGGCAACAAGCAAGCGAACAAGUUCACAGAGGCAGGGAUUCCUCUAGAAAAUUCAUUCCAGUAAAAAGCACGUUUUAUCGCUGAACUGUAAAUAAUGAAAAUAUGAGAGUACGAGAAUAAGCAGCGCAUCUCUCACUUUUUGUUUUUACUUAUAGAUUUGCAUCAUUUUCCUGUGCAUGUAAAAAAAAACAUUUUCAAAAUCUGUUACCAACAUACAAAGUAGAACGCAGAAAUCUGGUAUAGAUGCAUUUAAAGUGUGUCCGGCUAUAAACACUACAAGGUAACGGGUAUUAUCAGCUGUUUGUAUUCAGAGAACAUCCUCCGAUCUACUACUCUUCUCCCAAGUUAAAAAUGGAUCCACCUAGAUAUUGAAUACUACCUUAAAGGUAUCUCUCCGCAAGUGGACAUGUUCCCAAGAAAAUAUAUAACAAGCUUUUCCCCGUGUUUAACGUGGCUCUAGCAAAAUGAAAUUCAGAAUGUUUUACUUAUCAUACUAUUCAGAAAAGAAGGGUCUUUAUUACACGGCUCUCCGAAGAUAAGUAAAUUAACAGGGUCUCUUGCCGUACUUACAAUGUCUCUGAAAGUGAGUAGUCCAGUUUCGAAUUCGACUGUGACCGCUGGAAAAAGGUACACCAAUACAAAGAGGGACGUUUUCUUUCUAUUUCGAAGUUUUAGUUGAUACCCAGCAACCCUAGACAAACUCCCACCUCAAAAUACAAAGGAAUUUAGUUAUCUGGAAAUGGCCAUUCAUACUCUGACAGAUUUUACAUUUUAGGAAAAGCGAACGCUUUUGUUCUCGUGAUCGCACGGAUCAGAAAUAGGCCACGUGACUUUUUUGGGUGGCAUGCUCGCACGCGCUCCGGCUUUUGGCGCCAAAAUAACAACAACAAAAAGGAAAUUAUUUAGCGCUUUCGAAUCAGCCAGAAAAUGUCAAAAGGGCUUAUUUUAAUUAAAAAAUUAAAUUUUUUUUUUGCCACUUAAAGAGUCACGUUGCCUAUACAACUACACUGUAGAACUUGACUGGACGGGCGCGUAACGAAACUGAACUUCAAGUCCCUAUUAAGUCCCAACUAUUCCGCUUAUGCGUGUUCUAUUGUACUAUACAUUUCGUUAACUUUUCUAUCUGGAAUUUUAAGCAAUUCAACUUUGCAUGCAGCUAAUGUGUUUGAGUUAUUGUUAGGGCGCCAAGAUUUGAUAAUCAAACUCAUGGCAAUAUUGCCGAGUUAUUAAAACAGCCUUAUCACCA